AUGUAUUUUAUUUCAGUUCAUAUAUCAUAUCCAUCACCCUAUGAUGUGUUUCGCAUAGCCAUUAGUCAUUGGGAGAGUCUCAGUGAAGGUGAAAAGAGUUACUAUAACUUAGAGGAUGUGAGCCAUGAUAACAUGAACAAGUUUCUUUCCAACCUUGUUGAGAAAUCACUUCUUGAUCUGGAAUACUCCUACUGCAUUAAAAUAGGAGAGGAUGACCGUAAUAUUGAACCUCUGACUUAUGGCCGCAUUGCUUCUUACUACUAUUUGAAGCAUCCAACCAUCAGAAUGUUCAAGGAGCAUUUAAAACCUGAGUGUAGCGUGAAAGAACUGCUCUCUAUUCUGACAGAUGCUGAAGAAUACACAGACCUCCCAGUGAGGCACAAUGAAGAUCAAAUGAAUAGCGAACUGGCCAAAUGUCUCCCCAUUGAAGUCAACGCACAUUCUUUUGACAGCUCACACACCAAAUGUCAUCUUCUAUUGCAAGCCCACUUUGAACGUGCCGUGCUUCCAUGUCCAGAUUAUGUCACUGAUACCAAGACGGUGUUAGACCAGUCAAUCAGAAUAUGUCAGGCAAUGCUGGAUGUUGCGGCAAAUGAGGGAUGGUUGGUGACAGUACUAAAUCUUACCAAUUUGGUACAGAUGCUGGUUCAGGGACGAUGGAUCCAUGACUCCUCUUUGCUUACUUUACCUAACAUAGAAUAUCACCAUCUUCAUCUUUUCAGGAAAUGGAGCCAAGGGAAAAGAAAAGGUGCUUAUCAAGGACCUAUUGAAUGUCUUCCUGAACUGAUGGCUGCCUGUGAUGGAAAAGAGGAUAUUUUUGCUUCCAUUGUGGAUUGUGAUUUGACUUCCACACACAUUACGCAGGCUUGGCAUUACUUGUCCCACUUGCCAGUUAUAGAGAUUAGUAUGAUUAUUAAAGGUUGCUGGGAUGACACAGUCCAUGAACAAAAGGAAAUGAUUGUUCCAAUGUUGUCAAUGAACAUUCGGGAUGAUAAAAAAUGGAUGAAAUUGCACGCAGAUCAAGAAUAUGUUCUCCAGAUUAAGUUGCAUAGAUUGCGUAUUGGUUUCACCAAGGGCAAGCAAGACACCAAAGCAAUUGCACCUCGAUUCCCUAAAGUCAAGGAUGAGGGAUGGUUUGUGAUCCUAGGAGAAGUGGACAAAAAAGAGCUGGUGGCUCUGAAAAGAGUGGGCUAUGUCAGAAAUCAGAAUGUGAUCUCAGUUGCUUUUUAUACCCCAGAAAUACCUGGAAGAUAUAUCUAUACAUUGUAUCUUAUGAGUGACAGUUACCUUGGAAUUGACCAACAGUAUGACAUUUGUCUGAACAUCUUACCAGCUAGCACCUCAGCACAGGUCAACACUGAAUUCUCUGAUACUUUUAAUGACUUGGGCUUGAAAUAAUAUGCCAUAUGGACUUUCCUUCUCUAGCAUUUUCACUCGGGGAAUAGGGAAGACUGUUUGCCUUAGUGCAAUCAGCAUCCAGCUUCAACACCAGAAAAUUGAAAAUGACUGCUGUAUUGAUUCUGAUGACAGAGUUAGCCUCAGUGGCCUUUUUGACCUGAUAAACCAGUUGCAUUUUUAAACAUUAGUUUUGUAGCCUUGUAAAAGCAGGUCGGUUUUUCUAUUGAUAUAAAUGCCACCAUUCCUUCCAGACAGAUUGGUAUUUGUCAGGAAUAGACAUUUUAAUUGGCAAGAACUAAUUUUUCCAUUACUUGAUAGGAAGUCGUGCUUGCAACCGCUUCUCAAGAUCCAAAAAUACAAUUUGUAUAGAUAUAAAGGAGCUACCUGUGCAACUGAAGAAGCCACUAGAGUAACUAUUGCUGCAAAAGAGAUGAAUUGGUAACAUCACAAGACAUUUUCAACGAUGUGGACAUGGCCAGUGGAUUUCACUCACAGCCAUUUGGUACAUCUGCUAGGAUAUAUUGCAAGAUUUUUUAAUUGAAGACAAACCCUUGUGACAAAUUUGUCAUUUCACAAUUUUCUAUGUGAAAUAUGUAUGAC